GAAUUCGAUGCGCGCGCCGCCGUUUCUGAUUCGGUAUCCAAUACGCAAGUCUGCGCUUCACUACAGACGAGAGCAGUUUUCCACGCUAAAGGGCAGUUCAAGAUCACUAACAUUGCAGUCUUUACCGCUUUAUUGUAAUUGUAAAAAAAAAGUUCACACCACUUUCUGUGUCAAUAUGGUUUGGCCCACAGUCUACGAUGGUAAAACUGAGAUGGGGUCAGCAGAGAAACCCGGGAUGCAGCUUGCGGCCGCUGACGCGGGCUCGCAUCUGCAGCACAUGUGUUCCCUGGACAUAGACUCCAAGGCCUCCUACGUCCGUCUCUCAGGCAUCAUCUGUACCAUUGGGCCUGCCUCCCGUGACGUAGCCAUGCUAGAGAAGAUGAUGGAGACCGGCAUGAACGUCGCGCGAAUGAACUUCUCCCACGGCUCGCACGAAUAUCACGCUGAGACCAUCCGCAACUGCCGUGAGGCUGAGAAGAACUACAGCGCUAAACUCGGCAUUCCAUUCUCUCUGGCCAUCGCUUUGGACACUAAGGGACCGGAGAUCAGAACAGGUCUUCUUGAAGGGGGUGGUUCUGCUGAAGUGGAGCUGAAGAAAGGCGAGACCAUCAAGCUGUCCACCGACCCGGCGUACGCCGAGUCCGGGAACGUGAGCGUCGUGUUCGUGGACUACAAGAACAUCACCAACGUGGUGAAGCCGGGCAACCGCAUCUUCAUCGACGACGGGCUCAUAUCCAUCAUCUGCCAGUCCGUCACCGCGGACACGUUGGUCUGCAAUAUUGAGAAUGGAGGUAUGCUGGGAUCAAGGAAGGGUGUAAACUUGCCGGGGCUGCCGGUGGACCUGCCCGCCGUCUCUGAGAAAGACAAGUCGGACUUGCUAUUUGGUGUUGAACAAGGCGUGGAUAUGAUCUUCGCGUCGUUCAUCCGCAACGGCGCGGCGCUGACGGAGAUCCGCGGCAUCCUCGGGGAGAAGGGCAAAAACAUCAAGAUCAUCUCCAAGAUCGAGAACCACCAGGGCAUGGUCAACCUCGACGAGAUCAUUGCGGAAUCCGACGGUAUCAUGGUCGCUCGCGGUGACCUUGGCAUUGAGAUCCCACCAGAGAAAGUGUUCCUUGCACAGAAAACAAUGAUUGCUAGGUGCAACAGGGUGGGCAAACCAGUAAUUUGCGCGACACAAAUGUUGGAAUCCAUGGUGAAGAAACCUCGUCCGACGCGCGCGGAAACGUCCGACGUGGCCAACGCUAUCCUAGAUGGAGCCGACUGUGUUAUGUUGUCCGGUGAAACUGCCAAAGGGGACUACCCUCUGGAAUGUGUUCUGACAAUGGCCAACAUUUGCAAGGAAGCGGAGGCCGCUAUCUGGCAUAAGCAGCUGUUCAUUGACCUUAGCUCUCAGGAAAAAUUGCCGAUCGAGUCCGCGCAGUCGGUAGCCAUCGCGUCCGUGGAAGCGUCCACCAAAUGCAUGGCGUCGGCCAUAGUGGUGAUCACCACGAGCGGGCGAUCCGCGCACCUGCUCAGCAAGUACCGGCCGCGCUGCCCCAUCAUCGCUGUCACGCGCGUGCCGCAGACCGCGCGGCUGGCCCAUCUCUACCGCGGCGUGCUGCCCAUCGUGUACCAGGAGUCAGUAGCCAGCGACUGGCUGAAGGACGUGGACAACCGCGUGCAGUACGGGCUGAAGUUCGGGCGCGCCCGCGGGUUCAUCAACACGGGCGACCACGUGGUCGUCGUCACCGGCUGGAGACAGGGCUCCGGGUUCACCAACACCAUGCGUAUUAUCCAAGUGGAAUAAGAUAAACAAAGGAGAAGAACAAGAAUAUAUCAAGAAAGUAUUAGUGCAAAGAGCAGUGGUGAAUAUGUACAAGAUUGACACCUUAGUAGUCACUGCCAGUGAUACAUGAUAUUUAAUUAUGUUGUAUAAAUGUAAUUGUAUCAAUAAGCUGAUAAUUAUCUCAAAAUUCUACAUUUAGUACUUAGGAUAUUUAUUUAUGCAUAUUGUUUAGAGAAGAAGUAUAUUUAUUACAUUGUAAGAUGUGAUUGGAUUAAAUUCUUAUAACUGGUA